UUUAUAUCUCCUCUCUGUCCUUAAUGUGCAGCCAAAAAGGAGCUUGACGGCGGAGACGACAAGCAUCUGCAAAAAAAGAAGGUCAAGGAGCUGAAGGUUAUUGACUCCAAGUCCUCACAAAACCUUUCCAUUUUUCUGGGAUCUUUCCGUAUCCCAUAUGAAGAGAUCAAGACCGCCAUUCUGGAAGUCAACGAGGACAUCCUUAGAGAGUCCAUGGUCCAGAACCUGAUCAAACAGUUGCCGACAGCAGAGCAGCUAAGCACACUGAGCGAGAUGAAGGAUGAAUACGAUGACUUGGCGGAGGCUGAACAGUUUGGCGUUGUGAUGUCCAGUGUAAAGCGUCUGCAACCGCGGCUUCAGGCCAUCCUCUUCAAGCUCCAGUUUGAGGAACAGAUAAACAAUAUCAAACCGGACGUGGUGUCUGUGACGGCGGCCUGUGAGGAGCUCAGGAAAAGCAGCUCCUUCUCCAAGCUGCUGCAGAUCAUCCUCCUCCUUGGCAAUUACAUGAACGCAGGCUCCCGCAAUGGCAAGGCCUUCGGCUUUUCCAUAUCGUACCUGUGCAAGCUACGUGACACCAAAUCAGCUGACCUGAAGCAGACUCUGCUCCACUUUCUGGCUGACGUGUGCCUGGAACAGUACCCUGAAGUCAUGACCUUUACAGACGAGCUCAUUCAUGUGGAGAAGGCCAGCAGAGUUCCUGCGGAGAUACUUCAAAAGAAUCUGGAACUGAUGGGUCGCCAGAUCAAGAACUUGAAGAAGGACAUUGAAACCUUCCCGCCUGCACAAAACGACAAGGACCUGUUUGUGGAGAAGAUGUCCAUUUUUGUGGGCUUGGCCCAAGAACAGUAUGAGAAGUUGGAUCUGAUGCAUAAGAACAUGGAGAAGCAGUAUAACGACCUCGGAGAGUAUUUUGUCUUUGACCCCAGAAAAAUUUCUGUGGAGGAAUUCUUCGGGGACCUCAACACCUUCAAGAACAUGUUCCAGCAAGCAGUGAAGGAUAAUCAGAAGAGGAGAGAGGCGGAAGAAAAGAUCCGAAAGGCCAAACUGGCCAGAGAAAAGGCGGAGAGGGAAAAGGAAGAGAAACUGAAGAGGAAUCAGCACCUGGACAUCAACGCAGAGGGUGAUGAGACCGGCAUCAUGGACGGCCUCUUGGAGGCACUGCAGUCUGGCGCUGCUUUCAGGAGGAAAAGAGGACCACGGCAAGCAGCCAAUCACAGGCGAGCUGGUCAUGCAGUGACCAACAUCCUGGCCAAAGAACUGAUGCAGGACGACACACCUUCAUCGAGCAAGGUGCCCACCAAGAAGGUGAAGCUGGAGGAGGGGAGCAAGAAGGAAGACUCAUUAGAGGAACUACUGGAAGCUCGCUCCAAUUAGGGCAGAUGUUUGCUCUUCUUUUAUGUAUAGUUACUGCUUCUCAGUGCUGGGGCCAACAUUCAAAUGCAAUGUGUUGUUUUCCGGGAUGAAAAUGUCCCUCGGCCAUAUUUGCCACUAUUAUCAUUUUGUUUCUUCACUUGCUUUGUUGUUACACGAUGAAUCAAAAGGGCAUCACCUCUACUGUGCACUUAUUUCCACAUUUUGUUUUAGGAAUGUCAGCCACAUCCUGGCUGUUUUCUCGAAGCCACUCACAGUUUGUGUUGUACACUGCAUGUUUGUACAGUGCAGGCCGCCUUCUCAAUCUGUCUGUCCUUUAUUUUCAUGACUAUUUACAUUUGCCGAUUGUCCCUGAAGGCAUCACAACUAUGAAUGAACACGUGGAGUUAUGUAAAGGUGAAAUAACUGAAAACAUGUUCUAGUUUCUUCAAAAAAAGCUCUUGGCAUUCUCAACAGGUGUGCUUGAAGCUCAUGGAGAGAAUGCCAAGAGUGUGCAAAGGGUGGCUAUUUUGAAGAAACUAGGAAUACAAAACACGUUUUCAGUUAUUUCACCUUUCCUUAAGUAGAUAUCUCCACAUGUGUUCGUUUGUAAUUCAGGGACAAUCUGCAAUGUAAAUAGUCAUGAAAAUAAAGAAACCGCAUUGAAUGAGAAAGUGUGUUCAAACUUUCGGUCUGUUCUGUAAGUGCCAACGGGAAGUCAGGUCCGUCAUUUCACGGUCACAGCUAGUUCUCACCAGGGUGAAAGAUUUAGUUCUCGGGCUUUGACGCUCAGUUUGGAACACUUACUUCAAGCACUCGCAUCGUUACAGAAAGGCCCACAGGAUUGUCAACUUGGAGGAGAAACACCCUUUUUAGAGAGCAGUUUACAUGCCUGUGUGCUUUUAUAAUAGUCUAUUUUAGUUCCGAUGUAUGCCUAUAAUUAUGCUGUACCCACCACUGGAAAGCACACUGGAAAAACUGGCCAAAAGUGUAGAUAUAUGACUGAAAACACAACUUUUUACUUAUGCAAUAGAUCUUCCUAUGCAAGCAUACUGUAAUCCGUCCUCAGACUAGCAAUAUCAACCUGCUGAGUCGUGGAGGAAGUGAUUUUCAUCAAGUUGUAAUCACCUGCUGGGAUUUCUUUUUUUCUUUUUCUUUUUUUGCACAAGUUUAUUGAUAAUUCCACGAGUCGUGUUGAAGCACCAACAACUAAGAGGUCAUCAGUCAAUUACAAGGACAAUAUCAGAGCAUCAUUGGAAGACAAACUUUAACUUGACAUUCUUUUUUUUUUUCUUAAAGAUAUUUUCUAUUGUCCAUUUUUACAGUUGAUUGUUGUUUUUUUUUUUUUAAAUCUCAUUUGAAUGGAUGUAAUUUUUGAUUUUUUUUCUCUCUGUCUUCUCUAGAGAUGGCUCUGCGUACACAGAGUAAUGCACAUAAUGUUCCAGUUUGCCUCGCAAAUCUAUUAAAAUGUCUUUAAUUAAUGUA